GUGUGCGUCUCAAUACUUUGGAAACAAGUCUUCAGUUGAGAUUUAGGGCUUUUAAACUGCAACAUUUCAAGUGUCAUUGUUUUAUAUUUUAAUGUUUGAGACAAGAAUUUCCUGCUUUUGAAGACUAAAAGGUGAUAACCAUUUGAAAGGAAGAAUGUCCUCUAGAUACAUCAAGCUUCAUGACGGCUAUGCUUCAAGCAACGGGAGGUGGACUAGCUGUGGGACAUUGGCUGUGGUUUUGGGGGGCCUCACAGUCCUCGGGGUCCUGCUGGCCACGGCGGUGCUGAAAAGACCACCGGCCCCCAAAGAUUACGAGACGCUUCCUCAGGAAGCCGAGGGGAGCUCUUCCUCUACGGACCAGUGCAGCAUGGCGCUGGUGGAGAGCAUCCCUCAACAACUGAAAUACAAAGACAAUGCAACUUUUGGGAUCCCUCUGGAAAAUGUCUGGAAAGAUCUCAUCUCCAUGGCAGAGGGCCAAGUGGAAGUGGUCUCUUUCUACUGGACUUUAACUGGGGAAGACAUUAGCGUUGAGUCUGCCUCUGACAUACCUGGAAGGGACAUCCUGAAUGACCUUAAAGAAUUGCCCUCCAGGAAUGUGUCCGUCCGAGUGGUGACCAGUGUCCCCAGCGUUCCAACAAACUCCACAGAUUUAGAGAUCUUAAAACAGAAAGGAGUUCAGGUGAGGAAGGUGGACUUUGGACGCUUGACGAGAGGCGUCCUCCACAGCAAGUUCUGGAUAGUUGACAGAAAACAUGUGUUUAUUGGAAGCGCCAACAUGGACUGGAGGGCUCUCACACAGGUGAAGGAACUGGGAGUUGUUGUCUACAACUGUUCCAGUCUAGCAAAGGACCUUCAUAAGAUUUUCCAGUCCUACUGGAUAAUGGGACGAUCCCACAGCUCCCUCCCACAGCCCUGGCCUUCAAGUUAUGACACGGCCAUCAACAAACAGCACCCCCUGGUGGUGAGAACCGAUGAUGUCUCCAGCAGACUGUACCUCACAGGUUCUCCACCAUCAUUCUGUCCUCAAUCGAGGACGCAGGACCUGGAGGCUAUUAUCUCCGUCAUCUCAGAUGCCCAACACUAUGUCGAUGUAGCCGUUAUGGAGUACUUCCCCACCACACGCUUUGAAAAGCCUCAGAAGUGCCCUCAAAAGAAACCAUUAUUUUUUCCAUUGAACUAUUUGCCUCUUUUGUCUUAUUUCCUGACUUUAUUCUUCGACCUGAACAGAUACUGGCCUUUCAUUGAUGACGCCAUCAGGACCGCUGCAUUCGAGAGAAAGGUGAAGAUGCGGAUGCUGAUCAGCUGUGGGCGGGACUCCGAUCCAGGCAUGCUGCCCUUCCUUAAGUCUCUAGCUUCAAUUGACAGCCCUCAGCAGAAUAUCAACAUCCAAAUAAAACUAUACAUUGUGCCUGUGGGAAACCAGUCUGGUAUUCCAUAUACCAGAGUCAACCACAAUAAAUACAUGGUGACUGAUAAAGCGGCAUACAUUGGUACCUCCAAUUGGUCAGGGGACUACUUUCUGAGCACAGCUGGAGUGGGUCUGGUGAUUUCCCAGCACGCUCCUCAUCCUGUAUGGAAGACCAAGGCCCUGCAGGGUCAGCUGAGGGUAGUCUUUGACAGGGACUGGUACUCUGAGUUUGCUGUGUACCUUUCUGACCUGGGGCACCACCCAGAUUGUGCAUUAUCAAGUUGAAAGAAACCUCUUUAUAAAGUAUAAUGCAAGUCAUACAAAUUACAUUCCUUAAAGUCAGUGUGUGCGGAAAGUUAGGUUAAAGUUUUAUAAAUUAAUGAUAUAAAUGGAUUAAAGUGUGUACUGCACUAAACCUAGAAAUAAGGUUUUAGGAGUUAUCAUUUAUGUGGUUGCUUUUUGAUGUUUAGCUGAUUGUUGAAUUUAUGGUUAAUGAAUUUACUGUGUAAUUAUUAAAUAUAUAUAUAUAUAGUUAACUUCAUUUGGAAAGCAAUUACAAGAUUCAUAACUGAUAUUCCAAAUAUUGUCAUAAACUUUAAGAUUUAGGCCUUGCUGAUCGCUUGCUGAUAUUUAAAACAGUUUGUCAUAUGUAAUAUCACAAAUUUAAAAGUGAACUCAAUCAAAUUUGUGAAUAACCACAUUUUGAAGCUCUUGAUUUGUUGUUGUUUCUUACAACAAUGCUCUGUGACUUAUUGUUCUACUUUUUUAAGCAAAAGUGUCUGAUCUGUGUAUAUAAACAUAUAUUUUUGAACUGAACUGAAAUAAAAACUGAAAUUUCUUCUUUUAA